CUUUCACCAUAUGAACUACAGCUGUCCUCCAUUCACGUCUUCCCUUUCGAUUAUACAAGACAGUUAAAUCUGAAUUAAUUAUUUAUUUAAGUGUCCGUGCAUAGUAAAGUUGUUAAGUUGUUGUAUUGAUUGGGAAGUGCAUAAAACUAAAGCAGCUGGCGAUAACAAAUCGUUUCAGAAACAUGGAUAUCGGAACAUGGUAUCAGUGCAAAAUUUGCAUGGUAGUUUGCAAUGAAUCUGCAAUGGCACUACAUGAAAAUAAACAUAGCGCAAGUCCGCAAAUGCGUCAAUUCAGGAUUAAAGAUAAAGACUUAUCAACAAGAAUUUCCUCCAUGUGGUCUGUUGUGAAAGUAGAAACGGAAAUAGAAGGAGAAGAACACUCAGAAGAACAAAGUGAAUGUGAGGAAGCAGAGGAUGUAUUAUUGGAGCUUGAUUAUAAUGAUCCACAAGAGGAUUUUGCAACUCAAGAAACAGCUUUUUCGACUGACGAUGAUGAUAAUGACACAACUGAUGAUUUUGAUUUGAUGGACCAUAUUAUUUCGCCAGAUCCAGCAUCACCACCACCUCGCAACAGAAGAAAGCAAGGUUUUAAACCUAUCCCUUUCAGUAACAUCAGCGAACUCCUUCCGGUUAAUAAAUCCUCGGCACCUCCUAAAUUACAAAUAUUAAAGAAAUUAAGUCGCACCACUCGUGCCAGAUCAAAAAUGCCAUUGUUAUCUCCUAUGAAUAUUGAUGUUGCAAAUUCUGAGAUGACCGAUUUUACCAUUACUGAUGGCUGCCGAAUAGUUGUGGAUCACAGCAAUCAAAGGGAAUCUCGUCAAUCAGUUACAGGUGUAGUCUGUUCAAAAUGUGGUUUCAUUGGACGCACAACCACUGAUCUAAUCGAUCAUCAGAGAGUACAUACGAAAGCGAAGCCCUUCAAGUGCCCUGUAUGUCCGAGCGUUUUUUCUCGGACACAAAAUAUGAGGCAUCACAUACGAUUUAACUGUGAAGAAUCAAAACGUCAAGGACUUGCUGACAAAUUCCAGCAACGUGCCGUCGUUCAAAAGGCGAAGCUAGUUCCAACUAAAGUAUCCGACUUAAAAUUUAAAUGCUUAAAAUGUGUUGAGAAAUUUACCACGCGUACGAAACUGCAACAUCAUCUCCGAGUGCAUAGCGUUGGAAUGGAUGGGAACGUGUUUAAGUGUUCCUUUUGCAAAGGUUUGUUUUACAGUUUACGAUCUGCCACUGAUCAUGAGGCCAGAAUGCACAACAAGUUUUUGAAGAAGGGACAUCAAUGUCCGCACUGUGAAAAGAAUUUGGCUACAAAUAGUAGUUUGAAGAGGCAUUUAUAUUUAUCCCAUUUGACUGAAUAUGGAGAGAACGGAAUUGACUCUGACGCGUCUUCAAGUAAGCAAUUGACCCCUGCAACGCCCAAUACCAGCACCUCAUCUAAAGGCAAAACUAAAAAGAAACAACAAAAACGGAUAUCAAAUAAGUCAAUUGACAAUCAAGUUGAUGACGGAGAGGGCCACGAAUGGCCACAAAUUGUGGAAGUGAAACAUGUUCCUGCAAAACAAGGUGUAAAAUCUACCGAAUCUUGGACAUGGCCCACAGUGACGGCGCAGGAGUCGUUAGCAGAUGACAAUUGUGAUUUUGGUGAUAGUGGUGAUGUGAAUUCCAUGGUCAAGGUCGAUAUUAAACACUCCACCAUGGAAUUUGAACCCGAAGAGUCUGAAAUCAUUGAGAUGAAUGGGAGUGGUUUCUUUCUCGAGAAAGAUCCUCUAGCAUUUUAAAAUUUUGAUUCAUGCAUUGAUAAAUUUGUGUUAUAUUAUCGAAUAAGUCUGCAUAUUAGUGCUGUCGGCGUUACAAAAUGAUGCUGUUUUUACCUGAACUAUAUUAGUGUGAGUAUGGAUGACAUUCUAACUUGUUAUUCAAAAUAAUACUUAUAAUAAAUCUCAUAACGUUGUAAUAGAACUCAAAUUCAAAAUAUUUAAAUUUUUAAGCAAGGAUUAUUGUAGCCUAACUAUGUAAUCCACAACGGAUGUAUGCUAAUCAUGAGCAAUAUUCAAUGUUCUGACUUGUAAGUAUUUGCGUGCAAACGUGUCUUAUUUGUACAUAUUUACUUAUUGUAUAAAACAUUAUGAAGGUCAAUAACUAACGCCUUCUAUUAACUAAACGAUCCGAACAAGUCGUGCCCGUUAUACUUUGAAGUUGGUGACAAAUCUAUGAUAUCGAUCGAGAUAAUAUCCAUGUACACAUUUUUAUAAUGAAAUAAACAAUUUAUAUAACAUAAUGUGUAAA